AUGGAAGGAGAUGCCUCGAAAACAGUGUUAAUCAUCGGUGGAACCGGUAAAGUCGGCCGACAGCUCACCAAGCUCUUGGCGGGGACGUCAAUCCGGACUUAUCAAGCCUCCCGCAAAGGGUCGGCUACGACAGAGGCGGACGCUGAGAACGUCAAGCCGAUUGCUUUCAAUUGGGACGAUAAGAAGACAUGGGACACGGUUCUAGAAGUUGGCGCGACGAGCGUCUUCCUAGUAGCACCACCAGGGGGUCCUUUACCGCCGGUGGAGUUGUUCAUUGACCAGGCGCGAUCAAAGGGCAACGUAAAGCGAUUCGUUCUGCUGAGCGGAAGUCCAGUUGAGCCGGAUAUCAAGAGUCACGGAAUGGGUCGACCUCAUGCCUAUCUGAAGGAGCUUGGUGAGAAGGACGAGGUGGAAUGGGCAGCGAUCAGACCGACGUGGUUCCAACAGAAUUUUGCGGAAUUGGAUAAUUACCGAGACUCUAUUGUCAGAGAAGGUGUAAUCUACUCUGCCACCGGAGACGGAAAGAUCCCCUGGGUUGCUACAGAGGAUGUUGCUGCGUGUGCAUUUCAGCUACUCACCCAAAAGGAUGCUCCAAACGACGAGUACUUGAUCCUGGGGCCCGAGCUACUCAGCUAUGGCGAUAUCGCCAAGAUCCUUUCCCAAACUCUCGGCCGCGAGAUCACGCACAAAAACCUCUCGGUUGAUGAGCUUGUGGAUUACUAUGUUCGUCAAGGUCUACCUACGCAUGUUGCGGAGGUUCUAGGCAACGCAGACUUGGCCAUUGAGAAUGGAAGUGAGAACCGGAUGAACAGCGUUGUUGUCGAGUUGACAGGGAAACACCCAUCACGAUUUUGUGACUUCGCGGAGAAGAAUAAGAAGCUCUGGGCAUCAGAAGCGUGA